GUCCGAAGACAACUACAAAAUCAUAGAAACAAGUAUCUUCUAUCAAAGUGAAUAACCAUCACUAUUUGAUACCAUCCGAAGAAAAAUUGAUACAUCAUACAAGAUGGCUUCAAGCCCGCCUAUUUCCACCGUGUACGUGCGGAACCUCGAGGAGCGCGUGAAGCCGGAGGCGCUGAAAGAGGCGCUGAUGGCCGUGUUUUCCGAGUACGGCGACAUCGUCGACAUCGUCGCCAAGCGGAACCUCAAGGCGAAAGGGCAGGCCUUCGUCGUCUUCGACCGCCCCGAGUCCGCCCUCCAGGCCGUCGAGGAGAUCCAGGGCUUCGAGCUCUUCGAGAAGCCCAUGCAGGUCGCGCUCGCGCGCACCCGCAGCGACGCCACCGUCAAGAAGUCCGGGAACAAGGAGGAGUUCGAGCUCCAUCAGCGGAGGAGGUUGGCUGAGAAAGAUAAGAAAAAAGCCGCCGAAGCAGCCGAAGAGCAGAAACGCCUCAAGCGUCCCGGCGGCGUGCCCCCCGGCGGCGACGCGGCGCGCCCGGCCAAGACGCAGCGCGGGCUCAAGCCGACGGGCCCGGCGGCGGGCCCCAACGCGGUCGUGCCGGACGAGUACCUGCCGCCGAACAAGAUCCUGUUCGUGCAGAACCUGCCGGACGACUACCACGACAUCGAGGCGCUCACGGGCGUGUUCGGGCGCUUCGAAGGGUUCCGCGAGGUCCGCCUCGUCCCCGGCCGCAAAGGGAUCGCCUUCAUCGAGUACGAGGCCGAGGCCGGCGCUAUCACCGCCAAGGAGAAUACCGCCGGCAUGGCGCUCGGCGACAAGUUUAUCAAGGUCACGUACCAGAGACAGUAAGUCUGAGUCUGGGUCUGAGUUGGAGUUGGAGUUGGCGGCAAUUGUUGUUGUGGUGGUGGUACUGGAGGAAAGGGAAGGUUUGUAUGAUAAGCGGAUAUUUCACACCCUUUGUGCAUUCGACGUGGAUGCAGGUAAUACGUAAAAAAGCCGAGAUAGUAAACCAGGUACUUAAUUUAGCAACGUCUUAGCAACGUCUUGCACGUAGAGAAUUACGCGAUCCCCAU